CUGAGUGGCUUCCCCUCGCCGUUGCAUCGCUGAGCUGCAAUCGGUGGGCUGCAGAGGGGGCAGGUUGCAGUUCCAGGAGAGGGGCGAGCCGGGCUGGCCGCGCAGGAGGCGAAGUGCCUUUGGGUAACUGCCUCUUUAUCUAAAGACCCUCGACAGGCACUGCGAGAGCCUCCUGGAACCUGGGGGACUGAGCUCUUCUGCUGACCUGAUCCAGAGGUGAAGGACACACAUGCAGACACGCUCUCCAUGAUUGCCACAGAACACAGCAAAGGAGUUCUGAACCUGUGAGUUGGCAAUGGGAUAAGGCUUCUCUAUGGCCUCCCAGAAAGCGAUUACAAAACAGGCGGGUGCCUCGUCGGCGCUGGGAGUUCAAUUCCAGGCCCCGCUAGAGCAAAGAGUGAAAAUGGAAGAGAAGCACUCCUCCUGUUCCAGGUCAGCGGAGAGUGCACGCAAGGGUCCCCAUGUUGGUCAGGGUGGCCAUGCCAGGGAGCUCCUGCGCCGAGUGACACCACAGCAAAUUAAACAGGAACCAGACGAAGGGCUUGCCCAGCGCUGGGAAGCCCAGUGGCAGGAGUUCCUGAAGAUGGUACAGUCCCCUCAGUCGGGAUGGGGGAACCCGCAGCUGCCGGAGCUGAUGGCUUUCUAUGACCCAAAGGGUUUCCACACCUCACGUGGGAUGGCUCAGCAGGCCUUUGGCAGGGGAGGUGCCUGGAAGGUGAAGGAAGAGGUCUUGGAGGAGGACGCUGUCAGCUCGGAGACGCAACGGCAACGCUUCCGGCAUUUCUGCUACCAGGAGGCCGAGGGGCCCCGUGAGGCCUGCAGCCGCCUCCGAGAGCUCUGCCACCAGUGGCUGAAACCAGAGCGCCACACUAAGGAGCAGAUCUUAGAGACGCUGAUUCUGGAGCAGUUCCUGAGCAUCCUGCCCCCAGGGAUCCAGGGCUGCGUCAGGGAGCGUGGCCCUGAGACCUGCGCCCAGGCCGUGGCCCUGGCCGAGGGCUUUCUCCUGAGGCAACAGGAAGCAGAGCAACCACGGGAACUGGGCCUCGAUUCUUUUGAAGAAGUGACUGGGAGUUUUCCAAGGGUGCAGCAGGUCUGCCUGGGGACGUCUCGGAAGCAAGCAGGUGUCAGGUUGUUAAAUGAACAUGAGAGGCAGGCCGUGCGGUCACAAGACUACCCUGAGCGAGAAGCUCCAUGUGGGACGUCCUUACAGAAGCCCCGUGAGAAUCUCUAUCAUGACACAGGGCGAGCUUCUGAGAACCAGCUGAGACCAGAGAGGCAUCAGGGAAUCCACCCUGGAAAGAGAGCUGCUGAGGCCGUCCCCUGCAGGGUGGGCUAUGGGGACCUCAGCGAGAUAAUCUUCCAAGAAAGGAUGCAGGAGAACCAGCGGCAGAAGAGGUGUGUUGUCCUUCGCCGGCGAAUCCAUACCGAGGAGCGGCUCUACAAGUGCCAAGACUGCCGGAAGAGUUUCGACCAUCGCUCCCACUUCAUCCGGCACAAGAAAAUCCAUACAGGGGAGAAGCCCUUCCAGUGCACUGACUGCGGGAAGAGCUUCAACCGCAACUCCAACCUCACCACACACAUGCGGACCCACACGGGCGAGAAGCCCUACAAAUGCUCAGACUGUGGGAAGAGCUUCCGUUGGAGCUCGGAUUUUAUCGUCCAUGAAAGGACCCACACUGGGGAGAAGCCAUACAGCUGUGCCGACUGUGGCAAGGCCUUCCGGCGCAGCUCGAACCUCACAGCCCACGAACGGACCCACCGAGGAGAGAAGCCCUACAAGUGUUUGGACUGUGGGAAGAGCUUCACCCGGGGUUUAUAUCUAAUUGCACACAGGAAAAUGCACUCGGGAGAAUGAGCCCACAGGUGCUCGCAAAUUGAGCGGGGGGGGGGCAAUGUUAUGGUGCAACCUUGCCAAAUACUUUUUUUCUGGGAUAGGGUAGCGUCAAACACAUUUCUGACACCCAGCUGUGCCCACAGUGGUGAGUCGCCCGUCUGCAUUACAUUGGGAUGGGGUGUGUGGAUUGCAGGGCUAGUGCAUGCAUCCUCCAGGAAUGACAGUCAGCCAAGAAUUCUCCUUUCUUCUUCUGUAAGAUGAACUCUUUGCGCUCCUGCUUAUAAACCUUAUCCAUUCAAAUGACGGCUGGCUUUCAGCCUGCAACACGGUCAUGCCAGGCAGUUGUACGUUCACUAUAAACCACCAGAAUGAGGGUCUUUGCGUCCCACAAUGGUGUGUCCUGCAGAUUUGUGCAAAUGCACGGUUUAGUGGUAUUGGUGGGUUAGUUUUUCCUGUAAGACACACGCAAAAGAAAAACCCAAACAAGCAUGUUUCUAGUCCUCUUGGCUAUGCAGAGGGGCUUGAAAGCGUGUGGGUGAUACUUGGUUAACUGGGAAGGGGGGAAACAUGAGGGUUUCUAGUAACUGUGGGACAGAGGGCAGGGUUUCCACCUUAUGUCAAGUUUCUUGCUCUCUCCAAAUAGGAGCAGAAUAACUGUAAGUAAAGGCGUGCAGAUUUGCCUUUUUCCAUGAUUUAUUCAAAUGGCAGAGCUGAGUUAAAAAUUCUGAAACCCAUUUUUUUUGUUGUUUAAACCCAGCAUACCCUUUUGCAGCCUUAGCAUUGGUGUGGCAGAAGUUGCUGGGCCUGCGUAGGGCAAACCAUUUCACACAAAUGACUCAUCUUCUGAGGCUGCCCUUGUUAUUGUUAUUGUUACUAUUUAUUAUUUGUUCUGUCACUGUGCCAUCAGUUUACAAAAUAAGAAAGAUCCCUACUACGGGUCCUAUCAUAGCUAUAAACGUGAACAGUAAGAAUGAAACCUCCAUGCACAGAGGCAGUCUAUCUCUUGGUAAAAAAAUAAGACCAGGGGCCUUUAUGCUGUUUGUAGGCUUUGCGGAAGCAAAUGGCAGGCCAUUUUUUGCUCUCUUAUAAAAGGAUAAGAAGUUCAUGGUGCACUUUUCUAUCAGCAGUUAUGAAAUGUGGAAGCCAAGAAUGGAACCUCCACGUACAGAAGCAGUAUAUCUUUAAAUAUCAGUUGCUUAGAGAGGAACAGCAGCCGGAGGGGGAUGCUCCACUUUCAUAUCCUACUGAUGGGCUUCCUCAGACUCGCUAGCUGGCCACUCUUGCAAUCAGGGUGCUGGGCUAGAUGUCGUCAGAUUCGGCAGGACUCUUCCUGUGUUCCAAGGAGCUUAGUGUGGACAUUGGAGGAAGUUAGGAAGAGGCCAAAGGAGCACAGGGUGAAAGUGGUUGUGUUUCCAGCAGCUACUUCUCUUGAGAAUUGGGGCCCAAAGAGGAGCAUGAUAGGGCAGGAAUUGGCCUUGGAUUCAGAUACUUUACUACAUGCAAGAGAUUCUUGGAAAGACAGAAAUGUUAGUCCUAUGAGAAAUUGGCUGCUUACAUCCUGUGUGGUCCGAGGUGAUUUUUACUUUAUGUCAAUGUAGCUGGUAUUUAUACUUUUUUUUUUUUUAAAGGCACACUUGUUCUCUCCCUCCUUCAUCUAUAUUUUUCCCCAGAUUUUCAACUUUUCUUCUUUCCAGCAGUGUGAACCUCUUAGAUGGUCUUGUAAUAAAUUCUGUCCUCUUCCUGGAAAUGUUAUAUUUAUCGAUCUAUAUAUAUAUAUAUAUAUACACAUAUAUACACA